UCUACCCAUCGCUGGCCGGUCCACUCGCGCACACCGUCUCCGGCCCUCCUCCUUGGACUCGCCAUCCUGCCUGACGCAGUCGAUUGCCAUCCGUGAACGUCACUCAUGAUAUCCGGAGCAAUGGAUCCUCUUCCCUCCUCCUCGGGCGGCCACCACCACCACUACCAGUCCAACAGCGGGGCUUUCCCUGCUAGCUCGAAACUGUCUUCACGAUCCGGUGGUCCCGCGGCCUCGGGGAAACCAGUGGGCUCGCACAAGCCUGGCGGUCUGGUAUCGUCUGGUCACUAUGCUUCCCGCAACAACCACACCCCGGGCUCAUCCAAGCCGAGGCUGCAGUCCGCCAUGAUGGUUGCCCCUCCACCCGUUGAUUUACCCAGUCUCCGACGUGAAAAUCGGGUCGAGGCCGUCCAGCUCAGUUUGGCGGCCUCGGCAGCCGCACAUAGCACUGAAUCGCCCAAGGAGCCGGUAAAGCCCGCUGCUCCCGAUUCCGCUCCCCCAAGCGCCCCCAAAGCUAAAACCUGGGGCACGAUCGCGUCUUCGUCUCCGAGCUCAUCGGACCAUCCAGCGGACUCCAAGUCAGCGCCUGAUGCUUUGCACACAACGCAGGCGUCCUCUCGACCUCGAGAUUCGGCCGACCCAGCUCGGGUCAAGAACGAUCAGGAACUCACCGAAGAACACGAGCAUCUGACCUGGGUCGACGACGAAGAGAUGGAUUUCACCAAGAUGCCCGUUUUCGAGGACUCGAUCGAUGAUGGCGCCAAACCGCUGUCUUCCCAGGAGCUUCCUCUCGCUUCCGACUCGGCCGCUUCUGGUCCAGCAGCUGCCGAUUCGCACGAAAAAGGCGAGCCCCUCGAGCCAACUCGCGAUCAGAGUGUCGACGGAGAUCCGGGCGCACAUGAAGAUUCAGAGUCUCGGUGGCAGUCCGGUUCCUCAACUACGCAUCGCCGGUACGACGACCGUGAUUAUCCCGAUGACGGCUACCGCGACCGCAGUCGAUACCGUGACUCCCACUGGACUCCGGCUUCUUCAUCGUACCGAUCGCAAGAGGACUACCGCUCCAGUUCGGGCAGCGGCUACAGAGAGCCUUCGUACGACCGACGAGACUGGAGACAAAACUCGUUUCGUCGGGGCUCAAGCUCGCGGUACGACGCCGACGACCGAUAUGACGGCCGACGGGGCCAUGUGGAUGCGUCAUAUGGCCACGAUGAUCGAGCGAGCGACCAUCACCGUCCCUAUCACAACGAUCAACGUCCGCCGCACAAUCGGGACGCCUCUUCCAGUCGGCCCGACGAGCCGGGCUCACACGACGCGCGAGAUCACCACAAUUACCACGAUUCCCGGGAGCCCAGCGAUCACCCCCGCGACCCCUACGACCGGCACGACCAGCCCGAGCGCAGAGACCGAUACGAGCGACAUGAUCGCUACGAUCGCCACGACCGAUACGACCGCCACGACCGCUACGAGCGACUUGGUCGCUAUGACCGGCCUCCCGAUGACCAGUAUGCCGCUCACGACCACCGACGCGAGCCGCGAUACGGCCGUUCCGACUAUGGCUAUGCGAGGGGCUCUCGAGGUGAUAGCGUCCGAUCCCGACCGCCGGUCGACUCAGACUCCAGAAACGAAGGCACGGGCACGAGCGCCUGGCGCCGCGAGGACCGCGGGGCCCCGCCUAACCAUUCUGCCGAUAGCGAAGCAAAGUCGCCUCGCUCCGUGACGAUAUUGCGGAACGAACAGCACGUGUCGCCAAACGACGACGACGGCAGCUUGGCUGAGCCGCGGGCUGUUGUCGAUGGCGCUCACCCCCCUGGCUCUCCAAGUGCCAUGAAUGAGGAUGCAUCGCAUGCCGACAAGCCGAGCGGCCGUGCAGAGCUCUCCGCUUCGUCGUCCACGGCCUUCGGUGCGGCGUCUCGAAACAACCAAGCCCUCAAGAUCGAAGACUUUGACUCUGUCCUUGGUCAUCUGAAGCUGAUGAUCAAACGCGAUGGCCCUUCGCCCCAGGCUGAUGACGCUGACACGGCUGAUUCCAAGAAGGAGCCCACAAGAGCCACAGGCAACCAGAGGCGUCCCAGUCCAGCGCUGGCCUUGGCUGAAGGCGCAGGCACACAAUCCCCGGACUCUGACUCUCACCAAACGACGGACUCAUCCGAGUUGCUCCCUGCACCCUCGCAAGAGACAGGCGGAGCCGAGCCUGUUCGCAACGCGGCCCCUGACACGGCUUUGACUGCGGUUGUCGGCGGCGAUUCCGCACCGCAGGUGUCCUUAGGAUCAGGGGACCAUGCGAUGGAGGUGGAAAGUGCCGUGUCUGGCCCUCGUCGCGGCCAGCCGUCGUCUGAGCAGAGCAAAGGCCGAGGGGGCUCAAGGACACGACGAUCCGCCGCGCAGUCGGAGCGCAAGGAGCUGGACAACUGGCGAGACCGAGAUACCAGCAAAUCGUCGGCAGUCGCCAGCCCUGGAGGCUCUUCACGCAAGUCCAGCACGCCUGGUCGGCUCAACUCGGCCGGCUCCGACUCACAACGUCGGCGACAGGGUUCUGGCGGAACUUCCCGUUCUGGACGGUCAGAGUCAGAACGGCAGCCUCGAUCGUCGGCCAGGUCUGGCGACGACGGCGUCAAGGCGGCUCGCGAACAGCACCCGACCGUCGACUCGGCGCCUGAGCGGACACGUACUGCGGCCAAGGACGUGCUUGGUCGAGAAAAGCAGUCGCAAUCGCCUGUGCCGACCACCCCGACCAAAGAAGCCGAGCGGUCUGCACAUUUGGGUUCUGCAAACUCUGGCCAGCUCCAGGCAUCUCGCGACGAGAGCCACGACUCUGCUCUGAGUGGGGGCGCAAUCGCUGCUCCUGGCCAGACAGCCAGCGCCGAUGGGUCCUACUUGAUCCCGAUUCCCAGCACAGUCGACCGCAGCAAAAAGCUCACCUUCAUCGUGUCCGACAGCAUCGACGAGGCUGACUGCACCGACACAACGAGUGGUGUGGGCGACGCGCCCUCCGAACCUCCCGCGGCUUCAGUUUCAUCGCAGCAGCGGCAGCUCUCACCCCCGCAGCAACCCCGGGUCCCAGGCCAGACUGACGGCACUUGGCCAGCCGCAAGUCGGCGUGCUGCACCGAGCUCGUCAUCGCCCGCCUCAUUCGACAACACAACCACCACAUCGGCGCAACCUCCAAUCAGUCGACUGUGGCCGACUGGGCCCGAUUCCAGCGUCGCAGCCGAGAAUGUAUCCGCGCCUACCGACUCCCCAGAUGGCUUCGACAACAGCAUCGCCGAUCUCGACGCCGACAUUCCGGCGCACAUCCUCGGCAACCUGGAGCGAGUCGUCAAAGACAACGAAAUCCCUGCAAUCGGCGUUGGCUCGGCACUGCUAAGCUCCCCCAACCCACCUUACGAUGACAUCAAUCCAGCGACGACGCACUCCAACGGGCCAUCCUCGUCGGGCCACCGGCGACUCGGGGCGCCACAUGCUCACGACGCCCACGCACAUUCCACCGAGAAAAAGCCUCUGCACGGCGGUGCACCUCGCCCUGGUAAUGGCUACGGUGCUAGGAUCGGCCCACACGGCAUGGGCAGCUUGGGCCCGCAUCCCGUUCCGCAGAUGGCCAUAGUGGGCAUGCCUCCGAUGGUCGUGUCCACCAAGCCACCGACAGUCACGGCCGGCUACGCCCCGCAUUAUGGAGACAUGUACAACCCGCCGGGCAUCCCUGGCGUACAGCCGCCGGGCUUCCCGCCACAAUAUGUGCUCAUUCCCCACCAAAUGUUCUCGCGGCCGCCUCCGCCUUAUGGCCAGUGGAUCGUUGGCCCUCCGCCGGUAGCGGCCAUGGUCCCACAACCCCAUCCUGGCUCGUCGGGAUCGCCAGCAGCUCCAGGGCUCUCGGCAGUUGGCAUGCACCCCGCGCACUCGUCCAAGCAUCACGAUGCGGGCUCGCACCAUUUGCCGCACGAGACCAAAGGCGGCCGUUAUCCGCAUGCGGGCUUGUCGGCAUCGCCCGCGACGCUGGCGCUUGCUUCUGUGCCCAUCGUGCGGCCCGACCCUCAAUUCGGAGCGCCCAAGAUGGGGCCGCUUGGCAUGAAGGGCACCGUAGCCACCUCCAGUGCUGUGCCGACGAUCUACCCCGUGCACGAAGGGUAUCCAGGUCCAGCCUUUUCGGCCUCGCCCUAUCCGUUCUAUCCGGCUUCGUUCAAGCAUUACAUGCCACCACCACCGCCGCCGAUUGAUCCGGCCGAUCCGGCCUACCAGAGCUAUCUUGCCCAUGGCAACAACUUUGCACGGGGACACCAACGCAAGCACUCCAACUCGAGCCACAGCUCCAAUCAUGGCAGAGUUCCCCCCGGCCAGCAUGGGCCCAAGUGGACUGGACACGCAUCCUCGGAGGUCCGCGUCGAAACCUCGAGCAAUAUCGAGACAGCGUCUGCUCAGUCUGGUGCAAAUGUCGACCACCCCGCCGCCUCCGAUGUGGCGGCGUCGGACGCAAAAGCUCGUGGCGAGAGCGACCAGGUCUCGGGGCCUUCCCUGGCCUUGAGCGACCCGGGCUUGGCUGUCGCCGAAACCGCCAAGGGCGUAAAGUCGGGUCCGGCCGCUGUGGUCCAGUCUGAUUCUGUCGUCUCGGCACAGCGGCCGACGAAUCAGACUAUCGCCGCUCGUCCCCAUCAAGAUAGAUUCAAGGCGCCUCGAUCCGGGCAGGGACAUGGCCACGAGAAUGGAGCAUCCAAGACGACCGUGCAAGUCGGCCCGAGCAAGCUCCAGGUCCAGUACUCGUACAACUCGACACAGCCCAGCGCCAGCCUUGCGACUGAAGCAUUGCCCGAUGGGGCGGUUGACUCUAAGCUGCAACCCAAGAGCGAGGCAAGCAGCGCACCGGCGACGCAGAAGCACCGGACUGACGGCGAGACUCACCGCCCGGCCUCAUCCCUCAGCCACCGCCGCGCCAGUGCUUCCAGCGAUCGGACCCAGCUGAUCUCGACGACGAGCAAGAUCUCCAACAUGACCGUGACACGAUCGGUGGUUCCCCGGACAGCAACAGCAACAGCAACAGCAGCAGCGCCAGCGGCGACGACCACAACCACAUCCGCUGCCGCGGAAAGUAGAGAAAGCAGCGCGGCGGUGGCUGUACCCGAGAUCAGUGUGCCUGCCUCGGGAGACUCUGAAAAACCUCACCAGGACCUCACGGAUGCACCUCGCGGCCUGCCACGGCGUCAGCACAGCGAUGGGCAACAGAAGCACCGCAACUCGAGCCGGGGCCGCGGCUCAUUCUCGCGGUCGUCAUCUGGCCGAGGUCGAGGUGGCGGCGGUGGCAGCGGCAGUGUCCACCAUGGCUACUCGCGCAGUCUCGACAGCAGCUCUGACAUAUCGGGAUCUCGAUCGAGUCGCCCGCCUCGAGACAAGAACUGAUCAUGGACCACCCAUCCGUGAGAAACACGGGAGAGGACUCUGUCUCUCCUCUGGUGGCUCGCGCGAGCGUGGUCGCCGUGUGUGCUUGUAUAUGUGUUGUUGCCAUUGCUUUCUUGUUGAUGCUGUUUCCUCUCCCAGUCCUUCUCCUUCUUCCUUGCCCUUCUUUCCCACUCUUGACCGGUCUGUCUCACACACUUGGUUCAUUUGUCUGAUUCGGCUUGUCUGCGUCUGGCUUUUCAGUUUUCUUUUCCUUCAUUUCUUCUGGGCUGCAUGUGCUUCCUUGCCUUUGACUCUCCGCUGUUGACGAGAAAAGCAUGAGAAUAUCAAACCGGUCUCCUCGCAUACACAGAAUUGGCUGGAUGGAUGCGUAGACGAGCGAGAGGAAGGCCGUCAGCGGACAAGGAGUGGGCCUGUGCAAGCUCACCACUUCUGCGUCGCUUCUGGCUCGCUUCUGGAAUCAAUGUGUACAUACAAAA